AAGUAAGACCAGUCGUUACGAGACCAAUCUUCUUUCUCGAACCGGUCACACCUUCCUCCGCUCGCUUUGUUUACGUCGGAAAUACUUUAAAUUAAUUAAUUACCUGGCGAUGUGUCGUCAUUUCGAGGCGGGUGAUUUGUUCAGCGGCGGCCCCAGCAUCAUCUCCCUGUGAUGCACCUGUCGCCGGGACACCUAAGAGUCGUUCUCAUUCUGGCCCUGCUCCAGGAGCUGCAGGUGAGGCCCCAAGGGGAUAUACUCCGAGAUCAGUUCGAGAAGGAUCUGCUGCUGUGUCCCGCCUGCUUUGCCGGCCAGCGUGAGCAGUGCCAGGCGAUCUUCGAAGCCAUUGCAGAGCCCUCGAGCUGGAGCAGACUCCUGAAAGCGAUAUCCCAGCUUUUUGACCAAAGGCAAAUAUAUUGGCUGGAGCUGAGGGAGAAGAAAGAUCGGAGAACGCCACUGGUGGCCAAAAGGAAAGCUCUUAAUCCUUAUACCCUUCAAGUAAAUAACUUGAAAGAGGAGUUUCUGCAGCGAGAGGAGCGUCCAGGUGGCUUCCAUCUCUGUCGCACCAGGGAAGAGCCUCCCCGAUUUGUGACUUAUCUGAAGGAGCGCGGGCAUUGCUUCCCCAGCAUCUGGUUCUAUUUAACCUACGAUGUCAGCCCGCUUUUGCUCCGGGAACUGCACUCGCUGGACUUUCCAGUGCCUCGUCCUUAUGGCUCCUGCGGCCUCACCCACUUCCAGGCCCAUGCAGGACGCACACUGACCCAUUAUGCUGAAAAGGAGGAAGCUGUCCGCCUGGAGCUGGCUCGCCAGGUGCUGGAAUUGUCGCUGAAGCUUACCUUUGGGUUUGCGGACUUUCGCCUUUAUCUGACUGACUUGACCGCCGAUAAUCUGGCCUACGAUGAAGCCACCGGGAAGGUUACCCUUAUCGAUGUGGACUCCCUGGUGCUGGUGGACGCUGCCAGCAGCAUGGGACAUGCCCAAAAGUAUGAACCUUUGCCCGGCGAGGGCUUCACCUUUGACGUCUCCAUGCUGUGCUCGGGCCAGCAGCUGGAUGCGAACGUGUACCAGGCGUGCCUGCUCCUUAGGGAUUUCCUCCGUCCCAACGACACACUGGAACUGCUCCUGGAUCAGUGUGUCCGAUGCCCAGACGACCAAUGUGAUAUGCGCUUCCAAGUCGCCUACGACUUGAUCAAGCUGCUGGAGGAGACUCGGCGGGGAUUGGAGAUCGAAUAGAAUCGUUUAUAAUCAUA